CCGGAAGAUCAAACUCAGGACACAGGCGCAUUGGUCCAUUUCCGGAAGAUCGUUUCAGCUUUCCUACAAGAAAGAAAAUGGAAUCCUGAAAUCGCACUCGGUUAACUCAAUCAAUUUUAAGAGAAUAUCAAUCUUAGGGGUGUUUCCUUUGACUACGCGGCUAUUAUCAACAUCCUAAAGCUGAAACUUGCUGGUAGUUCGAAGCCAUCGUGCUGAUCUCCCCUGCGCAUCAUGGAAGGGUCUGACGGUGUUGAACAGGGUGGCAGCGACCAGCCUGAGUCACAGCGCAGGAGGCAGCUGGAUCGCCUGGACAGAGAGGAGGCCUUCUACCAGUUUGUCAACAACCUCAGUGAGGAAGACUAUCGGCUGAUGAGAGACAACAAUCUUUUGGGCAAUCCAGGAGAAGUCACAGAGGAUGAGCUGAUUAGUCGGCUUCAGCAGAUCAAAGGUGGUCCGGAGCAGCAGAGUAACAACCCUCCUCCUGAGAGUAAUGAAGAACCAGUUGAACAACCAGAAAGCUCUGAGGAUCCUCCUGGUGGAGAAAGCCUUCUUGACUGGCUGAACACAGUCCGACGCACAGGCAACACAACCAGAACCGGUCACCGUGGGAACCAGUCAUGGAGAGCUGUGAGCCAGACCAAUCCAAACAGUGGCGAUUUUCGUUUUAGCCUGGAAAUUAGUGUGAACCGUAAUCUGGCUGAGCAGCAGGCGGCUGCUGAAGCGGAGCAAGAGCCCCCAGAACAGUCUGCGGAAGGUCAAGAGGUGUCCGCCGAACCUGAAGCACAGGUUCCCAUGGAAGCAGAAGUGGUGGAAGAACCAGUUGUUGAGGAAUUAGCCGUCCUUGUGGAGCCAGAGCCGGAAGUGGAUGCAGUAGUUUCACAUCAGAUUAUAGAGGAGCCUAUCAGUCCACCAACACCGCCGCCGCCACCACCUCCUCCAGUUCAACCCCCUCCUUGUUCUUCUCCACGUAGAGGACAGAGAAGAGCCCGCAGCCGCAGCCCAGAACCACGCAGAACUCGUGCCCGCCUUGCCAGAAGCCGGUCCCCUCUCAGCUUGGAUCAACUUGAUGGCAUUCCUAUCCCGAGACAUGAUUACAGUUCUCAAAGUUCUAGUUCUUCCUCAAAUACUCCCUCUGUGCCUCCAGUUGAGGGUAGUUCUCGGACUCGACAGCAUGUUCUUUCCCGGCAGAACUUUGCCGAUGGGGACGUUUGGCCACCCAGAGCUGCCGCUGAAUCCGUCCCGGAGUCCCCAAAUGUUGGAUCUCAGGAAGGAGAAACUGCUGGGGGUGAUGGCGGCGAAACAGGUGAAGGUGGCGCAGCAGGGCGGCGUCCUCCCACCAUAAUGCUGGAUCUGCAGGUGCGUCGCGUGCGCCCGGGCGAGUAUCGUCAAAGGGACAGCAUCGCCAGCCGCACCCGCUCACGCUCGCAGAACUCCAACAACACGUUUCUUUACGAGAGCGAGCGCGGCGGGUUUCGCAGGACUUUCUCGCGCUCGGAGCGCGCCGGCGUGAGGACGUAUGUCAGCACCAUUCGAAUCCCCAUCCGGAGAAUCUCUGACGCAGGUUUGGGAGAAGCAACCUCAAUGGCUCUUCAGUCUAUGAUUCGGCAGAUCAUGACGGGCUUCGGCGAGCUCGGCUACCUCAUGGAUUCAGACUCUGACUCCUCAGAUUCUAACCGUGCUGCCAGCACGCCUGCAGACUUGGAAACCCUCAAUAAUCCAGAUGUGAAUAACACUGACUCUGCUGAUGCGGACGAACAGCCGGUUGCUGCUGGACUUAGAGGAAGGACAGUGGAGGCCGAUGCGGACGAGGGCCUCACUGCCGGUCAACCGGCAUCCGGCGUCCGGCCUCGACCACGGCCACCCAUCAGCUUAGAGGAGCCCAGUUCCCUGCCCUUCCUGCGACUUGCUCACUUCUUUCUAUUGAAUGACGACGAUGAGGACCAGCCUCAGGGGCUGACCAAAGAACAGAUCGACAACCUUUCUAUGCGCAACUUCGGGGAGAGCGACGCUUUGAAGACCUGUAGUGUCUGCAUCACGGAAUACGCAGAGGGCAACAAGCUGCGCAAGCUCCCUUGUUCUCAUGAAUAUCACGUGCACUGCAUAGAUCGCUGGCUCUCUGAGAACUCCACCUGCCCCAUCUGCCGCCGGGCCGUCCUGGUGUCAGCCAACCGAGAAAGUGUGGUGUAACUGAAAAACUGCAACUCUUUUGUUUUGGUUUUUCUCUAAGUACAAACCUGUUAUAAAAUGUUCAAUACACAUUUCUUCAAUGUUUAACUAUAUUCCUUUAUAUCUUUCAGCUAAUCCUAAGGUCAGCCUUUUUAUUUUUUUCGGUACUAAGUAUCAUGACGUCAAGUCAUAGUUUUAGCUUUGAGUUAAACACAUUCUGGUCAUCACAGCGUGCAGAAACAGUAUCUCACAAUCGACCCUCGGUUCAUAAGUGCUGCUCACCUACACCUAAUUUACUCAUGCAAUAUUUUCUUUUGUAUUUAAUCUCAAGUUUUACCAAAUGAUUUGGAUAUUAGCGAAAUGUCCCCACGUCAGAAUGGAAGCUGUAAAUAAGCUUGUACAAAACCAGUUUGAAGCCUGCUUUGCUCCGUUUGGGAAUGUGAAUGAUCUCGUGUGAAGCUCGGCUGACAAAACGAAUCCGGUGGUGACGGUGUUCGUAGCAGAGUUUGUGUAGAGGUUGUCCAAUUUUGAUGUGGGACAAACUGAUCCUUUGUAAACCCCUCCCCUUCCUUUCCAAUCCCCUCUUCCUUUUUUAAAACGUCAGGGGAUAACGAAUCCGGUUUUCAAAUCCUUUCAAUUGUCUGGCUCAUGACGAGGAUACAAAUAAAAAAUAAAAGAUGUUUCAAUAUUGGUAAAGCGUCUGCUAUCGGGAUUUUCCCACUUAGCGAUAUAUUAACUUGCAUGAUAAUAGAAAGUAAAUAGAGUGGCUUCUGCGCCCAAAAAUCCUAUACAGAUAUUUCCACCUUUGUGAAUUUCUCUUUUAGCUGCUGGCAAUUCUUGAAGAAAUGUUCAUUUAACUCUUAUAAAGGCCAAGACUGAUUACAUCCAGUUUGAUCUUAACUGUACAAAUUACUGCUUUAUGUAUUAUUCAGAAAUGUCUGACUGUCACAUUUGUCCACUUGGAUUUUUUUUCUUUUUGACUUAUAUUCUUCAGUAUAAAGACAUUUGCCCAUUGUGGCUGUCUAGUGCUUCAUGAGCAAAUGCUACCAACUUGUGUGCAAUACAAGACAGUCCAAGACAGGAAAGUACAAACCACAAUAUAAAUAUGUAUACUGUUGUUAAAAAAAAUGUGUAUGACUAAAACCUUAAAUGAAGACUUAUUUUGUCUUUUACAGUAUGUGUUUAGUUUUUCUUAGACCUUUUGCAGUCUAUUUUACAGUUGAACUGGCUAAAAAAUUCUUUAAAAAGGAAGGAUAUCAUCAAUGACACCUUUCAUUUUUCUUGUUCCACAUUUAUUAUUUCCCUUUUUGGGACAUAAUGUUUGAAUGCAAGGUUUUGCUGAAUAUAUAAAAAAACACACAUGUUAUUGAAAUGUAUGUUUCCACUUGGGUCAAGUUUAGGUUUGACCUUGUUCUGUGUCCACCCAGUGCGGUAUGUUAACUGGGAUUCAAAUGAAACUAAUCGCUGAAUUAAACUUGUUGCAAUGCUUUGAAAUAACACAA